AUGACUCAGGAGCCAAGCUUCCAAACAAUUGUUGAGCAGUGUGAUUUCCUAGAACUGAAGUAUGACUUCAAUGACAGAGGUGUAUUGAGACACACGGAGACACAAAGGCCUUUUGUCUUUAAUUAUUAUGAAGAUGUCUUUGAAAAAAAUAUCAAGCGCUACCAGGCCCUUGGCCAUUUGCUUGAACAAUUCAUUUAUGAACUUUUGGAGAAAGUUUGCAAAUUACAAAAAGUACAUAUCCCACUUGACACUGAUGAAGAAUCAAGAAGGUUCUUUUUCAUGAAUGAGAGUGCACUAACCAAUCAUCAUCCUGCUCUUCUUGCCCUCCUUCAAGACCAUGGGGUUUUUCAAGCUGGACAGUGGAGUCAGCAGGCAGUAUUACACCAUGGCCUUCACCAGGGAAGUCAGAUACCGUGCAUUCAAAUGGCAUUACAGGCGCAUUAUGGUGUGAUUGUGGCAAACCCCAAUGACAGCUUUGCGGGCCUAAAAAUGGAAAAAGAGUGGGAAAGCCUUUGGGCACAAAAUAUUGAACCCUCUUCCCUAAAAACAAUUGAACCUGACAGCUUUGUAUCUCUCCAGCAGCCUCCCCAGUGUGUUCCAGAGAGACACAGCAUCACCCCAGAAGAGCAUGUGGCUUACAUUUGGGAUCACUUCAUUUCAAAGACGGAAGGCCAGAAUGUUGUCUUCAUUGCUCAUGGUUAUGGAGGGUUGGUUUUCAUGGACUUACUUGCUCGUAGAAAGUGGGAAGUGAUGAAUAAAGUGUGUGCUGUUGCACUUAUUGACUCUGAACAUCAUGUAGGCCAUCAGCUGGGAAAUGACGGUCAGUUAUUAGCCUGGAUAAAGCACCACUGCCGUGAAUGGGUGACAAGUCCUAAGCCUUUGGAUAAACCCGCAACUACUGUUUUGAGAAAAGAUUUUCCUAUGGUUUCGGCUGGCACAGAAGAACGCAACUUGGCCCCUUCUUCUAGCCUCCAGUCUGUUUUUAAAUACUUCAAAAAGGCUUUGAAAGCCAAAGCAACUAUUAAUUUCUCUCGGAUGCCAAUAGCAACUAGAAGCUCCACAAAAAGAAAGUAAAGCACAUAAGUUGGUUUUUGUUAUCUAAGAUUUUUUUUGGGGGGGUGUCCUUA